CUCACGUGUGAAAAUUUUAAAUUACGUAUUAUUUUCUAAAACUACGCGGUUGCAAUAGUAAAGGAAAACAGUAUUUUACCUCGUUAGUUAAUCUUCUAUGCAACUUUGCAUGGAUAUUCUGUUGAAAAGGCUCAUCAAGUCAAUUUGCCGGAUGGUAUGGUUGAUUUUCUAAAACUAAUUAAAGCUAUGUAUUCAAAUGUUUCAAUUAUCGGUAGAACAGAUACUGGAACGUCAGAAGAAGUACUGGACCUCAGUUGUGGGAAUAUGAAGAGGAAUAAUGUGAAAUACAUUGGCCAGUGCCUGAAAGAAAUGUCCAGAAUUUUUGAAUUUUCGAGAAGAAGGCUGCCUGAAAUUCCUCCCAGGAUGGUCUUGCCACUUCCUGGCCAUGCAGUAAUUUUGGGAACAAAACUAACUGUAGCGGUAGUUAUAAUGGCACUUAUUUUUUCAUUAUUCUACCAGAUUAUAAGGUAAAUUUGCAAUAUAUUAUUCCCAAAAGGAUUCAUCCAGAACAGAAGAAACUGGAAAAGUCUCUUCUCACUAAGAAAAAUACUUAAAGAAACAUGAAAAUCCAUACAGCCAAAUGUAUGAUGAUCGUCGUCCCACCAUAAAACUCAUCACUCACUAUACGAUGCAAUUUUGGCAACUGGUUUAUUCUUAAACCUCAUCAUCUUCAGAGAAGCAAUUGUUUGCCACAUAUAAUGUGAUAGCUAAUACAUGGGACUAUGAACUUGGAAUAGAUGAAACUUAGAGAAAAUUCUGUUAUCAUUUUAUAGUAUACAUCACUGAGAGAUUUUAAACUUGGUUCACAUUUCAUAAUUACAUGUAUAUAACAUUAAAUUUUAUUUAUGUAACAUUGUAUGUUAUAUGUUUUGUAUGAUAACUGUAACUAAAUGUAGUACUUCAUUCUAUAUUUUCAGUUGCUAUUUUUGUGUGAAGAUUUUAAUGAUUAUAAACAAUCAUUCUUAAUCAUCAAGGCUUAAAUUCAGCCGGAGCCAAAUUCCACUUUAUCUCUGGUUUUCAGUGAAGUCGUAAUUUGAGUUAAAAAGUUUGGUUCUGGUAUUUAAAUUUUUUUAAUUAACUAUUUAUCAUUAAUUUAAUGAAAAACUAAGAAUUAAAUUUUCUGUUUAGAUUUUAUUUCAUUCUAAAUAAUAAUUAUUUAAUAUUUUAUUUAUUUAUUUUUUUGUUCACCUUUGCUGACAACCUUCUACAGGGAUUUGGCUUUUCUAAUUUUUGAAGUUAGCCUUAGUUAUGAUCCAAUAAAUUUAAAUGCCAGAAAGUAACUUUUUUGUCUACAUUUUUCAAUUAUUAUACAAGAAAAAAAGAACGUCUUGGAAAUACUGCAAUUUCCUUUUCUUCGCUUCUACCCAAAUAAUUUUUUAUUUAAAUAAAUAAGUGAAAAACUCUUUGAAAUACUAAUUCAAAUGCAGAAAAAGCCUGAAGCAAAAGAAAAGUUAUCACUGACAUUUAUAAGCAUAAAUUCUAAACAUGAAAUGUUAUAAUCAUCAAGUCUGCACUUUGAGCAUAAUUUUGUAAUGGAAAAAAUACAGUCUGGAAAUUCAGUUUAAGUACAAAAGAAGAAAGCCAGAAUUUUGCCUGUAAUUCAAACUUUUAAGAACAUACUUUACAAUUAGCUUUUCUCUUAUUCACAUUUAGAAACAAAUUCACAAGAAUGAUUAUUACAUCGUAUCAAAAAGGAUCCUGACUUAUAUGUAAUAAGAUGAACUUGUAUUUCACCUGGCUUACUAUUUGCAAUUACUUGAAAUUGAUAUUUGAACAAAUAAUACCGACAAAUCAAUUUAAAUAAUAUUACUAUAAUUGAUUGGCAUUUUGUAACUGGUAUUGUUAUCUUGAAAACUAAAUAUGUUCAUUUUGUGAAUUUAUAUAUCAUAAUUUGUUUUCCGACAGAUUUCAGCCUUAUACAGAUUCUGUCUGCAGCAACUUUUCUUAUUAUUUAAGACUGUUUGAUCUGCAUUGCAUUAAUUUAUAUAGAAAAUGGAUGUUUUUAAUUGUUUUAUUGUUAACAUUUUGGAUUUUUUUAAAUAAUUUCAUCUGAUUGUUUUUCUUAAAAUAGUAAUUACUUUGCACAAAACAAUUUAA